CUCUAUAAUAAGCCCAUGAUCUAACCAGGGAGAAACUUCAGGGUCCAUUUCUAUCCCUGGCAAAUAUAAGAGUUUGCUACUUAAGACUUAGUGUCAGAUUGAUUCAGUCCAUCGUGUAUAUAGGAAAAGAUAUUUCUUCAUAAACUGACGGUUCAGAUCAUCAUGCCUAUCAACCUUGCUAAAGAGAGACAACAACAGUCUGGGGCACUGUGCUUAGAGGCACAAGGAGUGUCUCUGGACCUGGGAAAGAAGAUCAGCGUCCCUCAGGAUGUAAUGAUGGAGGAGUUGAACCUGCUCUCAAACAGGGGGUCCAGAAUGUUCCAAGAGAGACAAAAGAGAGUGGAGAAGUUCACGCUAGAAGGUCCUGAAAAGCAAGCUGACAAUCAAAGUGAGACACUAUGUCAUCAGGCUACAGGAAGGCUGACAAAUAGAGCUCACAGCAGCACAAAGGUCAGCCCACCAGAGAGAAACAACCUGCUGGCCACACUCCAUCACACCAUAGCCAAAAAAGGAAGUCCAAGCGUUCUUGCACCAGGAUAUUCUGGACCCCUGAAAGAAAUUCCUCCUGAGAAGUUCAAUGUUACUGUAAUCCCCAAGUCCUACUGCUCACCAUGGGAAGAACAGAGCGACAAUGAAAGCUUGCUGCCUGCCAUUAGCUCCCGCCUGCCCGAACCUCCUCAAAAACUCACCCCUGCGAACUACAGAUGCUUCAACAGAGCCCCGAUGCCAUUUGGAGGGACAACAGGUAGUACCCGGACCCUAGCUCUGCCUGGCUUUGAACUCAUGCAGGCCUACACGGAGCCCAGCCUCACCUGGGAGAGAAUGUGUGCUCGGCCCAACUUCAACCGCACACCGAGAGGCUGGAGCGCUUAACACCCUGCCAAAACCUUGGAACUAUAAAGCAGGAGUGAUGAAGAGCUGCAUUUCAAACAUCCCUGGACACUCACUGUACAUGCAUCCCUGGACAUGCACACUUCAUCAACAUGCAUGAAAAGUCAUCAUAUAAACCGCAAACUGAGCCAGAAGACAUCGAGUAUUUUCUAAUCAACGUUUAUGGCUAGCUUCAAAUUUACAGAUAUCAGUAUUAAAAGAGAAGACAUUAAAAUGGAACGAGACAAACAUGCAGAUUUGAUAAGUCUUGUGUUGUCUCUUUUAUUUGACAAAUCCAUUCUCAAUACUGCUCACUGUUGUUUUGGUUGGUAAUAGGGACUACAAGAGUGGUCAGCAAUGGCCUCAUGUGGUAUUUAUUGGUCACUGCAAGUUACUUUUGCAUGUUACACAGGACUGUAAAAAGAAAAACCUCCACCUUUCUUCAAAUAAAAAAGAAACAAAAACACUA